GACAAUGAUAGCUCAACUAUCUCAAACCAAUGCAGCCAUUAAUUAUUAAGUUUCUAGGCAACCAACAUCAUGAUCUCUUCCUUAGCCAUUCAAUCAUGCAUUCAUGAGACUCAACCAUGGAUUUUAGCAGAUUACAAGAUUUCCAUCUUGAAUCUCCAAAUGUCCUAAUUGUUCAGUCUCCCCUUCUUGCUCUCUUCUUAUUCUCACUUGCCUCCUGUGCACUAUCAAUGCCGUUUCCUUUCCGCUUCGAAAAUUCAGCAAACGUGGUUGCGAAAUUAGGGAAUUCGAGUGCUGGAUCGGAUAACCAGAGUCCGGCGACGGGAGGAAUAAACAAUAGAGGAUUGGUGGCAGGACUGGCUGCUGGUGCAGGUAUUUUCUUGGUGAGCUGCUUGGUUGUUUUCUGGCUUGUCUUGCGGAUAAUUAGGAAGAGAGAUAGAGAGAAAGAGGAUGACACUAUCGUCCUUGACGAUUCGAUGAACGAUGAAUUCGAGAAGGGAACGGGACCUAAGAGAUUCUCAUAUGGUGAAUUGGCUCGGGCGACAAGAAAAUUUGCAGAAGAACGAAAGCUUGGAGAGGGAGGAUUUGGAGGGGUUUAUAGAGGUUUUCUGAGAGAUGUCAAGAUGGAUGUGGCCGUGAAGAGGGUGUCCAGAGGGUCUAAACAAGGGGUGAAGGAGUACAUGUUGGAGGUGAAGAUCAUUAGCCGAUUGCGGCACAAAAACCUCGUCCAGCUUGUUGGUUGGUGUCAUCAACACAGCGAACUACUCCUUGUAUAUGAAUUCAUGUCCAAUGGGAGCCUUGAUUCCUAUCUCUUCAAGCACAGAGGCUUAUUGACAUGGGACAUAAGGUACAAGAUAGCUCUUGGCUUGGCGUCUGCUCUAUUCUAUCUGCACCAAGGGUGGGAACAAUGCGUCCUGCAUAGAGAUAUCAAGUCUAGUAAUGUGAUGUUGGAUUCAAGCUUCAAUGCCAAACUUGGGGACUUUGGGCUGGCCAGACUCAUAGAUCAUGAGCAGCGGUCACAGACAACUGUUCCGGCCGGUACCAUGGGUUAUAUGGCUCCUGAGUAUUGUAUAACAGGAAAAGCUAGCAAACUCUCGGAUGUCUACAGCUUUGGAGUUGUUGCGUUGGAAAUUGCUUGUGGAAGGAAGUCUGUAGAGCUCAAAUUUGAAGAGAGUAAGAUGUUGGUGGAGUGGGUGUGGGAGCUCUAUGGAAAGGGGGAGCUUCUUGAAGCGGCGGAUUCAAGGCUAAGAAACUUGGGAUUUGAUGAGAAGCAGAUGGAGUGUUUGCUGAUUGUUGGGCUGUGGUGUGCUCACCCAAAUUGCAGGAGUCGACCUUCCAUAAGUCAAGUGAUCCAUGUUCUCAGUUUUGAAGCUCCAUUGCCCACUCUCCCUCCCAACAUGCCUGUGCCCUUGUACUCUGCCCGUUGGCCUUCUUCAAUGGAUGUGUCUUCCUUUCCCACUACACCAUACUAUGGAGUUAGCAAUAGCCAACGAGAUCACACCAAAAGCUCGAUCAACAGCUGCACCACCGAUUCAUCCAGGUUGACCACGGCUUCUGCUGCUUCUUCAUCUACAUCUUUUCUAUUGCACCCACGGGGGCAAAGCGUUGGAGAGCAAAGGCAGCCUGUGAAGGAAGGAAAUGAGCUUGACGAACCCAUGGAUCGCCGCCCCUCGUUCAACUCGCAAUGGUCAGAUUAUGUAAUUUGAUUGAUAUAUAUAUAUAUAUUUGUAUUUGUUAAAGAAUUGAUUUGACAUUUUCCUUCAAUUAAUUAUUUGCUUGUUUCGUCUCCACUAGUUAAUUAAUUGCAAUAACUUAGCUGUA